AUGAGUACACCAUCACCACCGCCAUUUCAUCGCCUUUAUUCUUCACCAAAUGAAUCGUCUAUUUUACCAUUUGAUUAUUUUACAAAAUCUAAUACUAGUGCAGAUUUGAUACUUGUUGUUGAAGAUGUUAAAUUUCGUUGUCAUCGAUUACUUUUAUCAUUAAUCUCUCCAGUAUUUACACGUAUGUUCGACGGACAAUUUAAAGAACAUGAAGAACAAGAAAUUAUAUUAAAUGGAAAAAAAUCAUCGAGCAUUCUUGAAUUAUUAACGUACAUUUAUCCUCAAUUUUAUAAUUCUGUUAAUUCAACAAAUAUUGAAGAUUUUCUACAAUUAGCAGAUGAAUAUAUGAUCGAUCAUAUUAAACAACCAUGUCAUGAAUAUUUAGAUAAAGAAUUAAAACAAUAUAAAUAUGUAAUAAUACCAAUAAACAAAAAAAUUCAACAACCAACAUUGUCAUCUAAACAAUUUCAUGCUAGUGAUUCAUCAUUGGAUACUGAUCGUAGUCAUCAUAGUUAUGAUCCUCGUACUCGUCCAAUAUCUUCUUCUCGUAUAUCUAGUUCUACUGGAAAGCCAUUAUCAAGUAAACAUCUUCAUCCGCCAAAAUCUGAUACACCGUCAAAAUAUUUCGUUACUGUCAAUCAAACUGAAAUUCCAAAAUAUUUGGAUUCAAAUUCUUCUCCACUCACAUUUACCAACGAUGAGAUAAGAUUAUGGCUAAAACGUUUACAAGUUCUUUAUACAAUUGAUAAAUGUCGAUAUUUCGAGGGAAUUAUUGAACAAAUUUUGUCUCUCUUACAAUUUAUUCCAAGUACAAUAAUAUUACAACUAUUCAAAAUAACAUCAUUAACGGAUGAACAAUUAUUAAACGAUUUAUUGCGUGCACGUCUAUUUUUUCUUGAAGGAUUUGAUGGAACUGAUGUGAAAUGUUUAAUACAAUUACCAGAUGCUUAUCGUACAUUUAUAAAAAUGACAACUGUUCAACAAAAUGAAGAUAUUUCACCAUCAAAUGAUCAACCGUUACCAGACCAAGAAUAUAACGCAUUAUUAAAUAUUACGCUAAUAGCAGAUGAAGAACAAAAUAUCACGUAA